AGCAAAUUCUGGUUCGCGGGUGUUCACGUGUCUGUGGCAGCCACACGUCUUCCCUUCUCUCAACCAUGCCACAACGGCUCCGGAAGUAACUGCUUUUGACAAGAGAAGACAAUGGACUUCUUAUUUAAGGGAAUGGCCGAGGAUAGAUCUGAGUGCCCCUUUGAUGUAAAAGACAUCCAAAAAUGCCCAUUUUUGAGGAACAUCAAUAAAGCCACAAGCUUCCCCUUUCCUGUGCGCAGAGCCCAUGGUCCUAUAUUUGAGGAUUGUCCCAAUUUUGACUUGGCAUUUAAGCUCUUUCAUGGAAAAGAUGGGGUCAUUCCCCUUACUGAGAGAUCUAACUUUCACAAUGAUAACAAAGAGCCUGAUCCCCUGCCUCCUUUCAAUCCUUUAGCAGCAAAAGCUGCUACCAUAAGUCUUUCGGCCUUCGGUCCAGGUGGUCCUUUCAGUUUUGGUAAUUUUUCUGACAAGUGGAAGAAGCAAAAGAAGGCUGAUUCGUCAAACAAAAGGGAGCCUUCACCUCAUAAAGAAGAUUUGUCAGAGCAUGAGGCGCUUGGAAAUGAAUGGUUACAAAAGGGCAAUUGCCCAAUCGCCAAAUCUUAUAGAGCUGUAAGUAAUGUCCUCCCCCUUGUUGCCUCAGCUUUCCGGCCACCACCUGGCAUGAAGCUUAAAUGCCCGCCAGCAGUUGUUGCUGCAAGGGCGGCUCUUGCUCGCACAGCCUUUGUUAAAAGCUUGCGUCCUCAGCCACUUCCUGCAAAAAUGCUUGCCAUUGCAGCACUGGGGAUGGCAGUUAAUGUCCCCUUGGGUGUAUGGAGGGAACAUACGACAAAGUUCUCUGUGUCAUGGUUUGCUGCGGUGCAUGCAGCUGUUCCCUUCAUAGCCAUGCUUCGGAAGUCAGUCCUGAUGCCUAAAUCAGCAAUGGCAUUGACAAUCGGAGCUUCUAUCCUCGGGCAGGUUAUUGGCUCGAGAGCCGAGCGCAUUAGGCUGAAGGCAGCAGCCAAAGAAGAAAGAGGGAAAACUGAGACCACCAUUAAAAUGGCAAGCUAUAAUCAUCUCAGUGAUACUAGGGGUAAUCUCUGUGCUGCAGAAGGGAUGGUGAUCCGCUCACUUCAAGUGAAGGAUGCUGGUCCCACUUCAGCUGCCAGUGUCUGUUGUUGAACUCCCUGUGACCCUCGAAGAGAAAAUCCAAAGUAUCUUGAAUGAUAUGAUCAUGAUAACCUGAGAUGGUGAUGUAAUAAAAGAUUAUAAGGAACUAUCCAUGUGUUAAUGAGAACGGCUUUACAUUCUCGCAGGUAGUUAUUCCAUGCGAAAGGUAUCUGGGUAUAUCUUUGGUAUGCUGGAUCUUAAUAUAUUUUAAUACUGAAUGAAUUCUUAUGGAAGCUUGCAUGUCU